CUCCACCCCAGUUUCCCCCUCGCCGCCGCCGCCGCCGCAGGAGCCGGAACCGCCGGAUCCGGAGCCGGAGAAGACCAGGAGCAAGAACAGCAGGUGAAUAUCUGACUCGCCCUCUUCUUCAUCCCGGGCGGGCGGAUCCUUCCCCGGCAGCGGCGCCCGAGGGGAAGUCGACCUCGCCGAGAGGGGGGCCGACGGGGGCGCUCGGGUCGUCGGCGGCGCGCCGUUCGACUUCCCGGGCGCCCCGCCGCCGGAUUUCUUCCCGGCGAUGCGGGGAGCGGCACGCCAGGGUUCGCCGCCUUGGUGCGCCCUCCCCUACAAGUUUCCUGGCUUGGCGCUGCCAGCCCCAGAAGGGAAGGGUAUGAAGCCAAAUGCCCAUUUCCCCUCCAUUUAUCAUUCAGAGCAAACAAGACUGACUUGUCUCCUGGUUUAUCAUGCAGGUACCCAGGAGAUGACCAGGAAGAAGAAGACGGCUGCUGCUAGAAAUGCUGCACAGAGGAACUGCUAUUACCUUCUCCAACCAGGGGAGGCAAACACUCCUUUCCUCGCUUUCAUGAGAAGCCUCGGCAACGACAUCAUGACCAACGAACCGCCGCCAGGUCAAAAUCAACCGGUGGUUGAUCCUCCCGCGCGGUUUAUUCCGCCCGCCCAGCAGGGUCUGUUUCGCGUAAUCAACAUGGUACUCGAUAUUAUCCAAUCAGGUUCUUGCUUCGAGAUCCUGCAUGAGAGGAAUAUCACAUUCACCGAAUACUUCAACAUUCCGAAGCUCAUUGCCAAUAACCUCAAGGACAGUUCUGCCAAGGGCACGAAGAGCAAUCUGACGGCUCUCGCAGAGAUGCUUGAUCGCGUUGUAGCAAGAGCAAGCUACAUAUAUGACAAAAAUAGCAGAGCUAACCCGGAAUUCACACACUUGAUUCAGCACAUUAAGGGCUAUCGGCAAGGUGAUUCAUUCUUUAUGACGAGGUACCAUAUGUGUACUCUGCCACUGCCCAAUAGAUGUUUUAUGUACGUUGCCAUGUAUGCCUACAUAAUGGACAUCUUGAGGAACAUGGAUCCGGAAGCAUUUCAUUAUGUUAUCAGUGGUCUGCGGUAUCCUGAGGACUGGCACAUCCAGUGUCAACAUAAUACAUACCUUGCAUUCUACUACAGAAGGGGAGGAUAUGACCCGGACGCAACACUUAUUCCUGAGACAACAGACCCCCGGAUCGUACCUCUGCGCUUCCACCGGAAUGGUCCAUCGCAUGCCCUGGAGGAUGCGGCUGACCCGAUUGCAGAUCAUGGGAUGAGGUUAACAAGGCGAGAUUUGGGCCAUGUUUUGUAUUUCCAGUUCACUCACUUGAUGAUUUCAAUGGAGACAAGCCUCCACUUCCUGGGAGCGCUCUCUCAUCUAGAUGUUCAGGAUCUUUUUCCUUUUCAUGUGAGGAAGAACUAGGUGUCAGCAGCUCUAGCUAGUGUACAGUUGUAUAUUUGUUGCCUAGAUGACAUGGAAAGCACAGUAACUCACUGCCUUUUGUAUAACACAAAUGAUUCUUUCUUUGGUUUGGUUUUGCGGCUCAAACCAAACGGCUGUCCGUAUAGUCGUAUAUCCUUUCAUCUAUAUGUCAUGGUUUAAGCCUCA